UCCCUUAAGUUUCUCGUAGAUAAAAGCCCCGACCCCUUCCCUCCUCUCCGUACAUACACUCACAACUCUCUCUCUCCGUCCCUAAACGGCUUGGCCCACCUUUACUAGCGAGGACAGUGACGGCAAGAAGCCUCGGCAUUGGAUGGUCCCUCCCUCACCCCCACAGAAUUGUGACAACUGGGCCAGUGAACCACGCUGCACACAGCUGUGAACAAGUCGAGCAAGAAGCUGUGGGGUUCACCACCAGGUAGUCAGGUGGACGGACAGAAACACCGCAGGCUGCACGGACGGGCCAGUGUACCUGUGAGGCCAGUUCUUCAAAGUGCAGGCGGCAUUCCUCUCUCGCUUUGUCAGCAGACUGGAAACAUUGGACUGUCACCACGAGUCCUCGUGCAACUAUCCCCCAGACAGGCUUUGCCAUCUUUGUGAUGUACCAGAGGGGCCAUCAGCCUCGCUCUUAUAGUUAGUUUGGACUUGCAUCAAAGACCCUACCACAGCCUCAACAUUCACUGAGAUAUUUCCACAGGCCAUGGAGUCCAGCAGUUCUGGGGGAGGCGACGAAGGUUCCAGCACAUCGCUGGGGUCAGCAACGGAGACUAGGGCUGCGGGGGGGAACAGUGCCUCCUCACCCUGCGACACCGGUAUCCAGGUAGGGACACUGAGAGGCGACAAAUACAAUCUGCGGAAGAGUUCUCUGAGAAUCCGAGUGGAGGUGGAGCGGAAGCAGCAGCAGCCCCGACAGAAGAAACCGAAGAGCAGGCCCCCGCCCCUCAGUAAGUAUCGCCGCCGCUCGGCCAACGCUCGAGAGCGAUGUCGGAUGAAGGAGAUGAAUGAAGCUUACGAGGAGCUGAAGAAGGUUUUGCCGCAUUUGGCGCUGGGCACGUGCGAGAGCAGCACAUGGGACUCCGGGACAAGCAGCAGCAGACAGACCGACAGCAGCAACAACAAACCUACAAAAGUCGCGGUGCUCCGGGUCGCCAUCAACUACAUCGCGGCGCUGAGGGGGCUGCUGGGAUACGACGACAACAACAGCAGCACCAGCCACAACCUUUGCAGCGACGACCUCGGUUCUGACGCUGCCUCCACCAGCGCGGCCAGCACGACAGGCACGUCUGGGGACGAAGAGUCGUUGCUGUCGUCGGACAUGGAAGCUACGGUGUCGGACCUGACGGAGUACUAUGGCGUCGCUAACUUCCUGUCUCCUGACCUGACCCCUGACCUCCUGGAACCCGACCUGACCUUGACUCUCAGCCCAGAAGAGGAGCUUUGCUUGGAGCUUGUGGCCGAUGUCUUGUGAUGGACCCUCAACAACAUCGUCUAACAUUUUUGGAGUGUUUCUGAGGAUUUCUACAUACGUCACCUGUAGGGACAUUCAGAGGUGCUUCGCUAAAGACUCGGCAAGAAAUGUCAACCCUGACUGGGGUCCUGGCGUAAAGUCGGUAAAGACACUGCUGCAAGUUUCAGUUCGACUGUGUGAUACCACGUGACAUGCCAUGACCCGAAUGACCCCGAGUCGUCCCCUUCACCCUGCAUCUGUGGCUGGGGAGGAAGACUAGUUCCUGCAACAACUGAUAAAAAUUUGAUUUAAACAAAAAGUGUAUGUUUGAGUUCAGCCUUCAUGUGCUUGAAAAAACUAAAACUACUUUUCUAUGGGGCAGUAAUGUCCCGGAUGUAUAAUACGUUUUCCGCCGGUGUGAAGUAUACGGGUGUCGUGUACAGAACGUCCCACAGCUCCACGAUUCUCUGUUACAAAAAUCGCCAAAUAUCAAGCAGACUGCGGCUGAAAGACAAAGGGUUUGUGCCAGCAAUGAGAGCAGGUGUGAUGGGCACGUGCUAAGUAUGACACGUGACCGAGGGGCGAUGACAACCACCAAUCGUGUCCCGUGUCGCACACUCCAGUGACGUCAUGCACGUGAUCUGCGGUGCGAGACUCAAAAAUGGUAAACUUACUGCGAGGGCGAGAAACCUGCGACUAUUGACAGUUGUUGACAGAUAUUUCAGAAGUAGUGUUGACAGUUGUUUACAGAUAUUUCACAAGUAGUGUUGACAGUUGUUUACAGAUAUUUCACAAGUAGUGUUGACAGUUGUUUACAGAUAUUUCACAAGUAGAAGCAGUGCCAACCUUACCACCAAACACAGGACUGGUACCAGUCGUGAAGCUGUCGGUGUAGUGUCGGUGUAGAGGUACACUCAUGUCGUCAUCCUAAUUAGCGAAGGUUGAUUGUAUUCUACAAUUGUCUAACAUCUUGUGAAACAUCGAACAUUUCUUGUGAGACAAGGACAUCUGGUCAUCUGUGAAAAGCUGUUUGAGGCGUUAGUGUCAUUAGUCCCAGGCAGCAAUACAGUGUUCAUACAUUGUUUAUACAUUGUUCAUACAUUGUUCAUAUUGUUCAUGUUGUUUGAUAUCUUAACAGACUGCAAAUAAAUUAAGAACGGGU